AUGUCUGGAAUAUACGGUGGUGUAUCAUCAAUAAUUUUGAAGCAAUAUUCAAAAGCUAUUUAUAUCCACUGUGUUGCACAUUGUUUAGAUUUAGUUGUACAUGAUUUAAUAGAUCAAUGUGCUUAUAUUAGUAACUGCAUACUUUGUGUAAAAGAUAUUAUUGAUUUUAUACGUCGAUCACCGAAACUUCAAGAAGCUUUGUACACAAUAAGUGAAGAAAAAGGUGGUCCUGGUAUAAAAGCAAAUGGCUUAUAUGGGCAGAUCAACAAAUUCGACUUUUUUUUUGGAUUAAAACUAGGUCAUUUAAUAUUUACAGAUACAGAAAAGCUAUCACGUGCAUUUCAAAGUUCUGAUUGUUGUUUACAAGAUGUUUUUUGUGCUGCUGAAGCAAUUAUUCAUCGUUUUCGACGUAUUCAAGAUGAUAUUAAUUUUGAAUUGUUUUAUAAUCAAGUAGUUAAAGAUAGUGAAGGUUUCACAAAAAGAUCUGUUCUACCUCGACUUCGACAACCUCCACGACGAUAUCAAUCAAAUACAAAUCCCGUAAAUCAUGCAAGUUGUGAAGAUUUUUAUCAGAAAUAA